GCAGAGACGGCUUCUGCUGUCAUGGUCGAGCAUGGAGCCUCCGGGGCUCCGACUAAAGAUGCAGCCAAACCCGAAGCUAGGGUCCGCAUCGCUCGCUAUGAUCAGGUCUACAAUCCGCAUACGAGGAGGACGGAGUUGCGGAAGACGAGCAAGCCCUUCGUCUCGAAAAAGCUGAGCAAAAAGAAACCAAUUCUUCUUGUCAAACGAAUCAUCAACGCGGACGGCACCCCCGGACGGAAGGAAAUCGAUAUCCUCAGCGAACCUCUGCGAGUCGUGCUCCAGGACAUUCACCGGGACGUUCAGGGUACAGACUUAUCGUCACGUACACCGACAGUCAACACCCACUUCUUCUUUCACUGCCGCAAGCAACUACGGGCUAAGCUGGAGGAGGAGAACGCACGAGAAAUGCCAGAUGGAACCAUCGUUGAAGCCAUCGAGACAGCACUGGAGUUCAUUGACGAAGACCUCGGCAGCACCAUCGCCGACUUUGAUGUCCUUGUCAACCAAGGUCAGAUCACCUACCACUUGCUUUGGGCGCUCUUCCCUCCGAACACGUAUGUCCGGUCUUUCCAUCGGGGCACGGAACAGGAGUUCGUGGCCUACGGGCGACAAUUUGCUUAUCAAUGCACGAUGAUGGGAAACUUCGGCGACAUCCGCUGCGACAUCGUCAGCAACGACGGGAAGUCGUUUGGUGUCUCCGAAGAGCACGGCAAGAUUAACGAGUUUCCGGGGACACGCCUCAUCCUGGAACUCCCCUGCUAUCCACUUGAAUUUCAUCCUGAGAAGGAGAAGUUACGCGAGCAUGCAGUGCGCCGAGGCAAGCAAUACGCUGAGAUCACGAGGCAUUUCUACGAGAUCAGCGGACCAGCAAUCAUUGACAAAACGUCUACCUUCGACACUUCGCCUUUAAAGGUCUCCGGCACUGAGCGCGUGAUGGUUGAUCCUGCCGUCUUCAACCUAUUCCGUUCAGAUAGCAGUCUCAUCCGUAACGUACAGCGCAACCUGAAGAAGAGCGAGAUGACCGACAACGACUAUCUUAUCUGCACGCCUGUACUACUCGGCUUCUGCUUCCGAUCUAAAUCAUGGGGUGGAUACGCGCUCGACCGAGUCCAAGAAAUUACUUGGGUUGAGGAUUGUUUCCAUCAGCUUGUCCUCGGAGCUAAGCACAAGCAGCUCAUCCGUGCCCUCAUUCGCCAACACUCCGCAAAGACCGCCGUUUUUGACGACAUCGUCGCCGGAAAGGGUCAAGGCCUGGUCGGCCUGCUCUGCGGUAACCCUGGAUGUGGCAAGACGUUGACGGCGGAGGCCGUGGCCGAGAUCACUCACCGCCCGCUGUACAUUGUCAGCGCCGGCGAGCUUGGCACGUCUCCCAGCCACGUCGACGAGAAGCUGAACGAGAUCCUCGAGCUCACACGCCUUUGGGACGCGGUAUUACUGCUCGACGAGGCCGACGUGUUCCUCCAGGCACGAGACAAUACGGAUGUGUCCCGGAACGCACUAGUGUCUAUCUUCCUCCGGCAGGUGGAAUACUACCGAGGUAUCCUUAUCUUCACCACGAACCUCGUCGAACAGAUCGAUCCUGCUUUUGAAAGUCGAAUCCACUUCUGCGUUAAAUACCCCGACCUGGACUUUGAUGCGCGCAAGGCCAUCUGGAAGACCUUCUUCACGAAGAGUCAAAUCAGCCCCGAGGAUGUUACGGAAGAUGAUGUCGACCGCCUCGCCAAGUACCCGUUGAAUGGACGACAAAUCAAGAACGCCGUAAGCACGGCCAAGUCCAUCGCCAUGGACCAGGACUCGAGGCUACUCGCCGAACACGUCGAUACUGUGCUGGAGGUUAUGAACGACUGGCAUGUCGCGAAGACAGAACGCAGAACAUUGCGUGCAGCUUAGGCGAGUUGGAUGCCACUGGUGAUCUCUGCAGAAGGCUGUAGAGCGGACUCUCUUGAGGAAUAAAUUCACAUCAUGCACGCUAUUCAUUUUUUUUUGUUUGCAUGUACUGUCUCUCCAAGCAAAUAAUAGAGACGGGGACUUUCCACC